AUGAAGGUUCAUCCAGCUCCAAAAAGAAGCCAUUACGAUAUCAAUUCAACUCUUUCAGAUACAAACAGAAUAAUCAACCGGCAAAAGAAACUCCGUCGCCUUCCUCAUAUAUUCAAUAAAGUUUUAGAACUUCCGUUUCAUUCAGAAACAGAUGUUUUAAUUGAAGAAAAUUCUGACUUAUUACGAUUUUCUGUUAGUACUGAGAAUUUAACUGACGAUGUAAGUGCUCAUAUGAUUGAGAUUUAUCCAGGUGUUACGAAGAUUGUUAUUCGAGGUAGUAAUGUUGAUGAAUUGAAUAUAUUAGAUGAAUUUGAGCUAUGGAGGUUUAGGUUACCACAAUCAACUACACCAGAACUUGCUGCUGCUAAUUAUAUUAAUGGAGAGUUAGUUGUAACGGUUCCGAAGAGUUCGAGUUUGGCAAAUCAAGAAAAUGGUGAAGAAGAGGGAGAAGUUUGGGGAGGAGAAGGAGAAAAUGGGGAUCUUAGAGGAGGUAGAGUGAGUCAUCUUGUUCUUGUACAGUAA